AUGUAAAUAGAUUCGAGUUUUCGAAACUUUCCAUCAGGCUCUGAGAGACUCGCUCGUAGUUCUACUAAGUUCUACUUAGGAACGGAUCGCGACGGUGAAGACUGUCACGUUUCCCACUCAACUGCCACCACCGAUAACCAAAUGUUCGGAGACAAGAUCGACAUCGCGACAUAAACUCACAAGUUCUGGGCUUUGUUUACCAAGUGCCGGCUUUUGAAAGAGCGGCUGAGAGGCUCCGUGAACCCCCAAUCCCUAUAUAGAUCGGAUUUCCUCGUCAGAAAAAGAUGCCGAUAACGAAAAAAAGUGUCAGGCUCGCGCGGACGAUCACGGCAGUGGCCCCAGAGGUCGCGGCCCCUCCUGCGGUUGACUACUGGGACGCCGAGGCUGCUCAAGCCCAAGAGCUUCGCGCUUCGGAUAACUUCAAGAAAUUCUCCGACCUGUGUCAACAACUGAAGGAUAGUCUCCGGGAAAUCGAUCAGCGCAAGAAAAAGGGCGAGAAUGGAGCAGAGAUCCAGGAGCUAAAGGUGAGAUGCUUGGCAACCAUGGUCGCUCUCCGGAAAUUGAACAGACUCGACAAGCAUCGACUGAAGGCGACCCGAGAUGCUGUCAAAGAGAAUCGUUCCCGUGUCGACGGACUGCACUUGCAGCUGCAAAACUUGGCAUACGAGGCCGGUCACCUACGGAGCGAAGUCGACAAAUGUCUGGAAUUCAAAUCGAUGCAUGAGAACAUAGACCUCAUACCCAAGGAAGAAUUCCUCAAAACGGCGCCCGAAGAUAUCCGGAACUCGACCAGCGAGCACGAAAUCACCAUGGCCAGACUGCAGCACGAGCUGAGCAUGCGACAAGAGUUAGCGCAGCGCUUGGAGACGAGUGUCUCCAGGAAGAGGGAUCUAAUCAACGACAUAGAAACGAAGGAGGCUGUUCUCUCGAAAAUUCAGCCCACUCUGAACAACAUAUUGGAAUCCGCCCAACCUCUGUAUUCGCAUUUAGGCAUGACGCUGCAGCGCAGCCAACCAGAGCACUUGGACGCUCAGUUCCUGUGCCGACCAUUAUACGUGAUUUACGUCGAAGCCUGCGCUUUCCAAGAGGUGUAUCCCGACAUGAUAGAAUCGGUGGCGAUCGAAGGCGACGUAGACGAAGCAAAGAAAGUCCUCGAUAAAAUCACUGGUGCAGAUGAAGAGUCUGACUCGGACAACGACGAGUUGGUGACGAUGAAAAAGAAGAAACGUAAGACAAGGACAACAUCGAAAUCUGCCAACCAAGAAGAGCAGAAUCAACUGAAAGCAUUUCUGAAACCCUUCCCCUUGUCGGUGAACAUCGCGAUGAAAACUGCCACGGAGAAGGGUUUUCCUGUUCGGUUCUCGUACAUCAUGUCAUUGAAGGUGGUUUGUUCUAAGUUGGAAGUUCAUAUCGCCGAUGUCGACUCCAUUCUCGACGGUCUCUUCUCUGGGGACAAUGGAUCGCAGUCGCCGAAUCCCACGACGCGUUAUCUCCUAGCGAAGAAUGGAGUGGAAAACCUGGAGCGAGCGCUCGGCGUGUGCCGUCUCGGCAAACCCUACCAAUGGACCCAAUGGCUGUGUGGCUUGGACUUUCUGUCUGCGAGCGUCACGCCUUCUGCCGAACUAUCGCAGAAGCAUUUCGAACAGACACUAAAACUGAUACGGGACAGAUUGUCGACUCGGGUCGUAUUGAACGAGCAGUUGGGACGACUGGCUGAGGGAAUCGUCGAUGUAGAGGGCAGAUUCCCAAGAGAGGUCUCGAGCAGAUUGGAAAAGUUCAAGAAAAUAACGAUGGAGGAAGCAAUGAUGCGAAUCGGCUUUGGUGCUGGGACGGACGCGUUGAAGGCAAUGAUGUUCAAAGAGUCUAUAUUCUUCGAAGCCGUCAUCACGCUGGACAAACGUAAUCUGAGAGCGCUGGUCUCGGUUCCUCAACUCUAUCCUCAAGAGGCUCCAUUUUGGUUCUUCUCGUUCGAAAACGCCACCUCGCUCACGAGUGGGGAGUUGAAGGAUCUCGAGAAAACAGUAAACUGUUAUACUGGAGGUGAACCCUCUUUGCUGUUGAGUUCUCAGGCGAAACAAGCCCUCGUCUCGUUCGAGGUGAUGCUCAACCUAGACGCGUUGAAAGUUAUUCGGAAAGUGAACGGCAAAGACCGGGCCAAGCCUUUCAACUACGAGCCGUCCGUCGGGAUUUUUACCCCUGUCUGACUGGCGGAGUUGCCCGGAUUACCUGACCCGAAUCGGGACCAAGGGAGAAGCUUUGCUCAAAUGAAAGUGAAAUAAACUCAGUCAGUGUAU